AUGAUUCAUGAUGUUUCUUUCUUGUGGUCGGUUUGUGUUCUUUUUUUUGUGUGUGUGGGAUUUUUGCUGCUGCUGCUGUCGUCGUCGUCGUCGGUGUCGUUGUGUUUUUGGAGGACCUGUGGCACUGCCAUGGCUCCGCCAUCCUUACGACACUCCAGAAAUUCCUUUCGAUCCUGGAUUGGUGCGAAAGGUUCCAUCAUAUACACUCACGGCCUCAUUGACCAGUCAUUGACUGGCAAGCAACCUGGUUUUAAGCCAGGUGACGGUCGCAAGUCCAGCAAGCAACCGCCGAAGAAAGGAUCUAUGGGAAUUUGA